CGGGCGAUCCCAAAUGGAACUUUUCAUUUAACAUCUUCAGAGCCAGGAGACAGAGCUUCUUACACAGGAGAGAAAUGGAAAGUGAAAGCAAGUUUGUGCUGUGAGUGAAGGCUACCAACAGUCCGUGUGACCCUGAGAUCGUUGUUUAACCCUGUGAUCUCCAGCGCUGACACUACGCGCAGACUGGACAGCAGUAUGGCAGAGCCACAGGACGCUUUGGUGCCCGAAUCCCCUGUAAAGGGAGAUGAAUUUGAUGAGGGAGAAGUUGGAGAUUCUGUGGACGCAAAACCAGACAGAAGUCAGAGGACAUCAAUAUUUUCCUGGAAAAAGAAGAAUGAUAAGGAGCCAGAAAAUGCAUUGGUUAAAAAUCCCAUUCGCAGUAUCGUCCCUCCUGAGUUCCUGUAUGAGAGGAAUUACCAGAAACUUGGCCGAUGCAUUAUUAUAAACAACAAAAACUUCGAUGCGCAGACAGGAAUGUGCAUUAGGAAUGGCACUGACAAAGAUGCUGGUGAUCUGUUACGCUGUUUCAAAAGUCUGGGAUUUGAUGUGACUGUAUACAACGACCGGACAUGUACACAAAUGGAAACUUUGCUACAAACUGUGGCUCAACAGAACCACAGCGACAGCUCAUGUUUUGCGUGUAUCCUGCUGAGUCACGGAGAAGAAGGUUUGAUUUACGGGACAGAUGGCUCCAUGGCGAUAAAAACCUUAACAACCCUUUUUCGUGGGGACAAAUGCAAAAGUCUUGUUGGAAAACCCAAACUUUUUUUUAUUCAGGCGUGCCGGGGCUCGGAGUUUGAUGAAGGCAUUCAGACGGACUCAGGACCUGCCAAUGAUUCACUGGAGACCGAUGCCAAUCCAAGAUACAAGAUUCCUGUAGAAGCAGACUUCUUGUUUGCUUACUCUACUGUGCCAGGUUACUAUUCGUGGAGAAACCCUGGAAGAGGCUCCUGGUUUGUACAAGCUCUCUGCAGUGUCCUUAGUGAGCAUGGGAAAGAAUUGGAGAUCAUGCAGAUUCUGACCAGAGUAAAUUUUAUGGUGGCUACUAGCUUCGAGUCAUGGUCUGAUGACCCACGCUUCAGUGAGAAAAAGCAGAUUCCAUGUGUGGUCUCUAUGCUGACCAAAGAACUGUAUUUCUAAACCCUCUCUCUCUCUUUUUCAAGUCAAGCUAAAUUGUAUUUUUUUAAAUCAAACCGAGCAUAUCAGACUUGUAUCAUUUCUACCAAAAUCAGGGAAAGGACGAGUUGAAUUAUUUUACCCAUUGCCUCUGGCAGUCUCUCUCAUUGUUUGUGUGGCGUGCCCCACUGAAAUGUUGUAUUUGGCACGUGAUGAGGAACCAGUUAUAUUUCUGUGUAUAUUGUGGGGAAAAACACAAAAGGGAAACAGAAACACCCAUAUAAUAGGACUGAGCUAUGUUUCCAGUAACCAGUCACCACACAUGGUGUUGAAGCCAAUUGGUUGCUGUUUAUUAAGAUCGUGACAGAGGCACCUUGUAUUUUAA